UCUCGCAUCCACGCUUCCUAUUUAAAGGGCUUCUGCACUCGAGGGAAAGGAGAAUCAUCUUUACCAACUACAGCCUAAUUAUCACACGAUAUUUGAUAGAAUCCUCAAUCUCCCUUCCACCUUUUUCUCCAAUUCAAUUACUAUCCUCCACCCCCCUGCAGCGGUGCCCGCCUUUGUCCCUCCGGUAGCAUCGUGGUGACGUCAUCAGCCAUCACCUCACACGACCUCUUCUCGCUCUAGCUCGACUUCUUCUCUUCCCAUCCUACCCAUUGAAUCUACAGGCUACCUUCUUCCUGAAAGAUUCAAGCACCUUGUCCAAUUCAUCACACAUCUACAUCAACACCAAAACAGCCCCAAAUAUCAACAUGCCUCGCCACAACGACCCCACCUCCAAGCUCUUCUACAAGGGUGCGUCCGACGACUUCAUUGUCUUUGUCGACGACCACGACGUUCUGAACAGAUGGCGCGGUGACCGCUCAGUCCCCUUGGCCGAUGUUCUCAACGGCUGGAAGAUCUUCGUGACCCACAAGCACGGAGCCCAGGGUGUCCUUGACGGAGCUAGCAAGGCCAGUCUCGAGAAUGAGUUCGGCACUUCCAACGAAGAUGAUUGCAUAACCCAGAUCCUGGAGAAGGGUGAAUACCAGUCUACUAUUUCUCGUGAACAACAAGGCGAUACCAACUUCCGUAACGGACCUGCUUACCGGUAAACUCGUACAUGCAUGCCUUGCUGGCUGGCGGGCUGGC